AUGGCCGACGAGAAGAACACACCAACUCAGGUUCGUGACGAUACCCUCUAUCGAUUCGUGACAAGGCCUCUUCGCGGCGAUUCCGGGCGGGGCUUCUCUCCUCGCGUCGCGUCAGCGUCACGUCGUCGUGUUGGCUCAACCUGACGCUGCUGGCUCGUCUCGUUACGGCUCGCUGGCGAGACACUUACCCACCAACGAUGCGGAAAACCUGACCCGGUCUUAUCUCAUUCUGUCUACUCAUCUCGUAGGCGACGAUCAAGUCUGCCGACAUGUCGGACGAGGUCAGUUCCCCUCUCGCUCGUACGCGCCCCGGGGCAAGCACCGUCGCCAGCUUACUGAUUGGACCUUCUGCACGCCCAUCAGAUGCAGAAAGUCGCCAUUCAAACCGCAAUCGAUGCAUUGGAGAAGCACGAGAUUGAAAAGGAUGUAGGUCGACCUCUGUCCUCGCCCUGAACAGCCACGGCCCUCCGGCGUUUGUCUCGCUAUCGUUUUGGAUGUCGUUUCGCGAUCGAGGUAGACGGACUGAUGGCGAACCACGUCCCUGGAUCCACUCUUCUUGUAGAUCGCGGCUUAUAUCAAGCGGGAUUUCGACAAGCGAUAUGGCCCGACCUGGCACGUCGUCGUCGGCAAGUCGUUCGGAUCGUUCUGCACUCAUGUGAGUUGACCCAUUCGAACGCCCCAAGCGUCGAUCAGGCAGGCAUUGUCGCCUUGGUGGUGCCGAGCUGACCCUACCGUUCCUAAUUUGGUCUCGAUAGGAGUCGGGUCACUUUGUCUAUUUCUACCUGGGGUCGAUCGCCAUCGUAAGUCCCUUGCUUCGGCUAGGCUCGUCCACUCCACGCUCAGACCAAUCGUAGGAACCUGACCAUUUUCUCUUCCCGGAACAACAGCUGCUGUUCAAGGCCGGUUGA